UCCCGCCCUGAAUGUGAUUUAUUAAAGCCAGGGAAGUUCUGACACCUCCAUCAUUGAUCCUAAACUCCCAGAACAUCUCAGACACGGGUAACAAAAACUGCAGGAUUAGCAGUUAUAUAAGCACAUAAACGUAACUGAUGAGGAGCAAUUGGAUCUAUGUGGCUGUCCUUGGGAUAGCAUGCAUGAUGAUUGGAGUCAAUGGAAACAAUACAACGAGCAGUAGCAACUCCACAGGCAGCUGGAUAUCUUCUAACAUGACCAUCAACAUGACCCAGGCACUCCCACCCAGCAUGACAACCAACCUUAAUCAGGCAGUCUCUCUUAAUAUGACUACAAACCCAAACCUAAUAAGACCUUUUAACAUGACCACAAACCCUACCCAGAUGGGCCCUCUCAAUGUGACCUCCAACCUGACCCAAACACGCCCUCCCAACAUGACCACAAACCACACCCAGAUGGGCCCUCUCAACAUGACCUCCAACCCAACCCAAACAAGCCCUCCCAACAUAACCAGCAUCCUGCCACAAACACGGCCUCCCAAUAUAACAACCAACCUGAACCAAACACGCCCUUCCAACAUAACCACCAACUCGACCCAAACACAGCCUCCCAACAUAACCAGCAUUCCGCCACAAACACGCCCUCCCAACAUAACCACCAACCUGAACCAAACAAGCCAUCCCAACAUAACCAACAUCCUGCCCCCAACACGGCCUCCCAACAUAACCAACAACCUGAACCAAACACGGCCUCCCAACAUAACCACCAACCUGAACCAAACAAGCCUUCCCAAUAUAACCAACAUCCUGCCCCCAACACGGCCUCCCAACAUAACCAACAACCUGAACCAAACACACCCUCCCAACAUAACCACCAACCUGAACCAAACAAGCCUUCCCAACAUAACCAACAUCCUGCCCCAAACACGGCCUCCCAACAUAACCACCAACCUGAACCAAACAAGCCAUCCCAACAUAACCAUCAUCCUGCCCUCAACACGGCCUCCCAACAUAACCAACAACCUGAACCAAACACGCCCUCCCAACAUAACCAACAACCUGAACCAAAACAGCCGUGUCCACACAUAA